GUUCUUUACAUUUUUGUCGAAAGAGGAAGGAGGAAAAAACGUAAUUUUUCUUUUUGGCUAAAUUGCCGCUUUUUCCAAUUUGAAAGAAAAUAGUUCAAGUUCAAGAACGGAAUAUGCAACAUCACGCGAUUAAAUCUCUCCUGAUUCUCACUAUUUUUGCUUCUUUCUUAUCUACUGCCAAUUCACUAUUCUGGAAGAAAAAAGAAUUUAAUUAUUCACCAGUUAUUAUUAUACCGGGUAAUGGAGGCUGUCGUAUUGAAGCGAAAACCGUGAACCCUAAAGUUCCAACACCGAAGUGUCGGGUCUCAAAGGAUUGGUACUUGAUUUGGGCAAAUAUUGAGAACAUCGACCUUUUUGCUGGGGAAUACACGUAUGGUUGUUGGGAAGACUAUAUUAGAUUGCAGUUUAAUAGAACGACGGGAGAAAGUCACUCAUAUCCAGGAGUUUAUACACGAAUACCUGGUUGGGGUACAACAGAAACAGUUGAAUAUGUAGAUCCAUCUUGGCUAACAUUCUUAGCUGGUAAUACCGGAGCCUAUUUCAGUACAUUUGUUAGAAAACUUUUGAAUAUUGGCUAUGAAAGAGGAAAAAGUGUAAGAGCAGCUCCGUAUGAUUGGAGAUUAGCACCUGUUUCUCAUUCCGAUUACUUUCGACGAUUUAAGGAGUUGAUAGAGGACACUUAUGAAAAGAAUGGACAAAGAAAGGUUGUGUUAGCGGCUCACAGCAUGGGAGGAACAUACACAACAUAUUUCCUUAGGCAACAAACAGAAGCUUGGAAGAACAAGUACGUUAGGUAUAUGUUGAGUUUGAACGUACCUUAUGGAGGUGCAACCGCUCUUUUAUGGCUUUACGCUUCCGGUUAUAAUUGGGGUAUAAAUUUUAUAAGUGCAAAAAAGGUAAGAGAUGAAGAAAGAACUUACGAAUCACCUGCCUUUAUGAUGCCAAAUGAUCUGGCUUGGAAUGAAAACGAUGUUGUAAUAAUAACUAAAGACAAAAAAUAUACGAUAAAAGAUUAUGAACAAUUCUUUCUCGAUAUUAAUCAUAAGGAUGGCGUAAAACUUUGGCAAAGGGCAAGGGUCAAUACCACUGAAGAACGUAUCCAUCCAGGAGUUGACAUUGUCUGCAUAUACGCUCACGGCUUACCCACUGGCUCUACACUCGACUACAGGCGAGCCCACUUUCCCGAUGAACAGCCAUCCGUCUUACACGAAGACGGCGAUAAAACAGUAACUACAAGGUCUAUGAAAGUUUGUGAAAUGUGGGAUAAUCAUCCAAAAUACAACUUUGAAUUGAAAAAAUUUAAAGGUAUUGGCCAUAACGAUCUUCUCUAUAACGAAGACUUUUAUAUAUACCUCGAGGAGAUGCUCAGACUUCCAUAA